AUGGAGAUACUCAAGAAAUGUAAAGGGCUUCCCUUAGCAAUCAAGGCAAUUGGAGGAUUACUAGCUUCAAAAGGAUUCUACCCAAUUGAAUGGGAAAACAUUAACAAUAAUUUCCAUGAGUUGACGAUGGAGGAAGAUAAUGAAACUAGUUUUGUAAUGGCUUCUUUGCAGCUUAGCUACAAAGAUCUCCCCAAACUGGGUUUUAAGUAUUUAUCAGAACUUAUUAGCAGAUGCUUGGUUGAAGUAGCAGGGCCAGACAUGGAUGGCAAGAUCUACAAUUGUCGGGUGCAUGAUCUGGUACGUGAUCUUCUUAUUAUGACUGUACAAGAUGAGGGACUAGGCAACUUCGACGAGAAGGGUAAGCAGAAGCCCACAGCAGAUACUCUAUGGUUGGGUCUUUCAAGUGAAAUUGUAGAGGGAAAAUCACUAACAACUAGUCCAAAGCUACGAGCACUGGUAUUAAUGAAAAGUGGGAGUAAACUUCAUGUUGACAAAAAAGUUACAACGCGGUAUCUCAACUCCAUCAGAGUCUUGGAUCUGUCUAAAAUUGAACUAGACACUUCACAAGAAGAUCUUUUUGAUUGGCUGAGUUGCCUUAAACGUCUGGCAUGUUUGAACCUUAGUGGAGUUACAGGCCUGAAAGAGUUACCAUCUUCAGUUGAGAAACUCCUUAACCUCCAAAUCUUGGUUCUAAAUGGAUGCACUAGUUUAUCCAAAGUGCACCCAUCAAUCACUAAUCUGAAAAGGUUGAUCAUUUUGGAUCUUGGAUCUUGUCCUCUCCUCAAAUCUCUGCCACAAGGAAUAGAAAAGCUAGUUCGUCUCCAAGAACUGUCUGGACUGAGGUUGGUGAAGCAAGACGACAACAAAAGCUGCAAGCUGACUGAAUUGGGGAAGCUGAUGGAUCUGAGAGUGCUACGCAUAAACAUCUGCAGGGAGACUGAAAUUUCAGAGAAUGAAUUGGAAUUGUUGUCACAACUCAAGAAGCUCAAGGUUUUAUCGAUUGACACUGAGGACUGCACAGAUCACGAGAUUUCAGAGGCUUUGGGUUUGCUUUAUCCUCCCCAGUUCCUUGAUGAGCUAUACUUGAAGGUUUAUGGUUCUAGGUUUAUGCCAGUAUGGGCAAUCAACAUCGUGUUGGUGGGCGCCAGCUCCUCGCCGCGUAACACUCCACUACUCCCCAUGUCGGUUGUGGUUCAACCGUAA